UACGGGCGGGGGGGGGUGCGCGCGCGCGUGCGUGUGUGUGUGUGUGAGUAUAUGGGGGCUGCUGCUGAUGCUGCAAGGGACGAUCAUUUCUCUCCCCCCCCCUUUUUUUCUAAAGAAAACAGAGAAAAACGGAGAUGUCAUGGACACGGUUUCACGAGAAUUAGCAACCCACGCGCGACGACAAUCGAGUUCGAGCCCUUUUCUUCUGAUAGGAGAAUGAGGAAGAGGAGGAAUUGGAAACCACUGGGAGCGCCUUGGAAAGUUUCCGUGAAGUCUCAAUGAAAGCAUUAGGAGAGCCUCACUAGUAUUUGACUCAAUGGCCAAGAAGGGGCGCACGAAGAGCGAGAAGCCCGAAGCGCUCAUCUCUGCCCUUCAGGCGGCCAAUGAGGAUCUCCGGUCCAAGUUGACUGACAUUCAGAUAGAGCUACACCAAGAAAAAUGCAAGGUCAGCAAACUGGAGCGCGACAAGCUCCAGGAGGUGAAGCGGGUGCGGGAGCAGGAGCAGCACCGCCACACUGCCACGUUGACGGAGCAGCGGGCCAAGUGGCACGAGGAAAAGCAGAAGGAGCUGCAGGCCCUGAGGGAGAACCUGACGCGGCAGCAUGAGCAGGAACUGGCGCGCCACGCCAAAAUCAAGGACCAGGAGAACCAGAGGCUGAAAGCCGCGCUCAGCGCCAUGCGGGAUGGCAGUGGAGAGAAGGUGCGCACAGCGUUGACCCUGGAAGCCAAGGAGGACGCGCGCCGCUUCUUCGACCAGGAGCGUGUGAAGCUCCUGCAGGAGAUAGUGGAGCUGAAGAACUCGAAGAAGCAGACCGAUGAGGCCCUCAGCAACAUGAUCCAGUCCGACAAGAUGAAGGCCGGCGACCUGCGGGUGGAGCACCAGCAGCACCAGGAGCAGAUCUCCAAGAUCAAGUGGGACAGUGAGAGAGACAUCCGUAGACUGGUGGAUGAAAUCAAAUCUAAAGAACGCACCAUCUUCGGCCUGGAGAAGGAACUGGAGUCAACGGCGGGUUUCCUGCAGAAGCUGCAGCUUCAGAAGGACGCGCUGGACGAACAGCUGUUCCUCGUCAAGGAGGCGGAGUGUGGCCUGGGGAGCCCGAAGAGAGAGAUUCCAGGCCGAGCUGGAGAUGGAGCUGAGCACUGUGGCAGCCCGGACUUGAGGAGAAAUCAAAGGCGCCUUGCUGACCUCAACUCAACCAUACGCAAAUUAGAGGACCGCAACUCCCUGCUGGUGGAUGAGAGGAGCGAACUGCUGAAGCGAAACCGGGAGUCCGAGAAGCAGUGUAAGCCGCUGCUGGACAAGAACAAGCUGCUGAGUAAGAGGAACGAUGAUUUGACUCAUACUAUCCAGAAGCUGGAGGAGAAGCUCAAGAACCUGGCCAAGGAGAACCACGAGAUGAAGGAGAAGAUCAACUCCCAUCCUCCGCUGAAGAAGCUGAAGUCUCUGAAUGACCUGGACCAAGCGCAUGAUGACCAGGAAAUAGCCUUUCUCAAGCUUCAAGUCCUGGAGCAACAAAGCAUGAUUGAUGAGCUGACGAGAGACCGAGAAAAACUGCUCAGAAAGAAGAGGCAUAAAAGAAGUUCGAGGCCAAUAAAGAGGCACAUCGUAGUCGACACCUUCUUCGGCUACGAUGAAGAGUCUAUGGACUCCGAGUCGUCUUCAGUGGCCUCGUUCCGCAUGGACAGAACUCCCGCCACUCCAGAUGAAGACCUGGAGGAGGGUCUCGCCAACGAGGAGUCGCAGCUGCGUUUCCGUCAGCUGACCAGGGAGUAUCAGGCGCUGCAGCGAGCCUACGCCCUGCUGCAGGAACAGAAAGGAGGCGUUCUGGAUGCUGAGAUGGAGGCCAGGGCUCAGGAGCAGCUCCAAGCAGAGGUUCUCCGGUAUAAAGCCAAAAUAGAAGACUUGGAGAAGGAACUGACCCUGAAGGGACAGGACUCCAAAUGGGUGGAGGAGAAGCAGCUCUUCUUUCGAAGGAACCAGGAGCUUUACGAGAAGCUGGAGAAGAUGGAGUCGGACUGCAGCCGACUGCAGCAGGAGCUGCAGGACUCGAGAGAUCAGAAUGAACUGUUAGAGUUCAGGAUACUGGAGCUGGAGGAGCGCGAGAGGAAGUCCCCUCCAUUCAACCAUCUGAGGAUGCAUCCUUUCUCCGAGGGAGUCAGUGCUCUGCAGAUCUACUGCAUGAAGGAGGGGGUCAAGGACGUGUGCAUACCAGAUCUCAUCAAACUUCUAGAUAUCCUGGGAGACAACGGGAAUUUAAGAAAUGAAGAGCAAGUGGCCAUUAUUCAGGCCAGCACUGUUUUGUCACUAGCGGAAAAGUGGAUUCAACAAAUUGAGGGUACGGAGGCGGCGCUGCACCAGAAGAUGAUGGACCUGGAGAUUGAGAUGGAGAUGUUCUGUAAACAGAAAGGAUAUCUGGAAGAGGAGCUGGACUACAGGAAAACAGCCAUGGACCAGGCUUACAUGCAAAUCCAGGAGUUGGAAGCGACGUUAUACAACGCCCUGCAGCAGGACAAGGUGAUAAAGUACGGCGAGCCUCUGGACGAGCUUCAGAAGGACGAGCUGCGGACGGCGGUGGAGAAGCUGAGGAGGCAGAUGUUGAGGAAGAGUCGGGAGUUCGACUGCCAGAUCCUCCAGGAGAGGAUGGAGCUGCUGCACCAGGCGCACCAGAGGAUUCGGGACCUUGAAGACAAGACGGAAAUCCAGAGGAGACAGAUCAAAGACCUGGAGGAGAAGUUUUUGUUUCUGUUCUUGUUCUUUUCUCUUGCCUUUAUCCUUUGGCCUUGAAGUCUUUGGCGUGUCCCGUAGCCGAGGUGGUGUGUCAGCUUGGAGAUCUUGUUUGGGGCUGCAGUGUUAUUUAUUUUCUGGACAAUAUUGGAACAAUGUGCGUAGCGGUGGCCGCUAAUGUCCUAACAUCAGUGACUGCUGUCAGUAUCGGUGGAUGUGUCUUGUGUUGGCUGUGGACGUUUACACUUCAGAUUUUGAUUUCUUUUUUAUCUUUUUUUAAAUGGGGGUGUGGUUUCUCAGGACACGGCGCAGGAUGACCAAUUUUUUUUUUUUUUUUUUUUUAAGGAGCGGACUUGGACAUGUAACUGUCUCUCCAUACAGCUGGAAGGAGACUAACAGGCUGCAAGAAUGAAACACAAUUAGUGCAAAAUAGGUGCACAGAGACAGACACACACAUAUACCUACGAACACGCAUGCACAAACGCAUGCUGAUGCAAACACACACACACACACAUACACAUAUAUAUUGACAAAAAUCCAAGCCAAAGCCUGGGAAAUGUUUUCUCUGCCAUGCAGGGUAAUAUUAUAAUAUAAUUCACCAACAUUAAGCCACAGCUGGAAUAUAAACAGACAAAGCCACUUAUAGACAAAGAGAACAACAAACCACAACUUCCCUCUUCAUCUCUUCCCUUUCCUUACUGAAACCACGAAAAGGACGUUUUUCAUGAAUGCAACCUCUCGGUGGAAGGAGGCGAGCCAACUCAGGGCCCAUGAUUGCCGAGGCCAGUGCUGGUCUCGGGUCAGAGAGGGACACUACGGGACGCGAUGAGUCGCCGGGCAGGCCGCCCGUUGGAGGGGUUAAAAGCUGGAAAAGGGCAGAACUGCACCACAGAGACUCGUGUGUGUGUGUGUGUGUGUGUGUGUGUAGAGACACUAAAAGCGGGGUACGGGACAUUAAGCCUGAGGCAUCUUCACCAGACAAACGUGGCCGACUCGAGUGGGGAGGUACAAAGAGAACGAAACAAAAGAUCCAGCUCUGCUCAACGUGGACGUCCACAGAUUUUCAGUCCGUUUCUUAAUUUGAAACCAGCAGAACUCACUGGUGACCUUUCUUUUUUUUUUUUUUUUUUACAGCUCCUACCACCAAGAAACUGUGUCCCAAGAUUUCCACUGAACUACAUGCUUAUUAUGUACUGUAAUAUAUAUAUUUGUUGAUAUGUACAUGUUGCUGAAUUAUUUUAUUGAGUCUCCCCUUUUAUUUCAUUGAAUAGUUUUAAGUUUUAUUUUACUCUCUGAAGCAGCUUGAACAGUUGAUGUAGUUUAUAAAUGACUAAAAAGGGUACACAUUGCUCUGUUAUAUUGUGGUGACGGCUGCAAAGAUAAACUCUUAUUUCUUUGGAAAUUAUAAAUGAAAAGUCGUUGGAAUAUGAAUGUGGAAUAAUUAGAUUUUUUGCCUCCCUUUUCGUCCUCCCCUUUCUCACACACAUAAUACUGUAUUUAUUAAACUACUCUCUAAAAAAUGUUGUUUGUUUGGCCAGCAGGUGGGUGCUGGUUUCACCUCAGCGACUCACGAUCAGACUAUUAACCUUUAACAGACUUGUAAAUAUAUUCAAACUAGCUUACUAAAUAUUGUUAUCAACUCUGGUCAAAUGAUUGGUCGGUAUCAUGUUCAAGUUACGUCAUCGGUACCUCGUUGAUGUGCUAGAAAAUUGACAGAAGCAGCAGAAAAGAUGGAAAAAAAACCAUUGUGACUCCAAACGCAGGUUAUGCUAUUUUUUACUCUUAAAAAGCAAAAUGACUAUUGGCCACUUUCCCAAAAUGGAACAGAAGAAAGUGAAUGCAACACUACACCUGCUCCACGUCUCUCAUGACAGGCCUACUGCCCCAGGGCCCUUUAAUAUUUACCAGUAGGCCGUCUUUGGUGCCCACGUACCUGAGCCGGUCCCCCUCCCCCACCCCCCCCCCCCCGCCCCCAUUCACGGGUGUAAUGUGUCGAGGCAUCCCGUUACAUAGCGGGCAGUAACUCCACUCCAUUCCCAAGGGGAGGGACUAAGACCGCGUCUGUGUAAACUCAGCUAAAUAGUUGCCUUAAAGCGCAGCCCAUGUAUGUUCCUUUUUUAACAAUCAUUUUUUCAUACGGUUUAUAUUAUCAUAGAGUGCAAUGUAUACAUUUCAGAGAGGAUUUCUUUUCAUCUUAACCCCCCGUCCGUCUUCCAGCGACACUUUAACCCUUCCUCCUACUUUCGUCUAGAUUAUCGAAGAGACAGAAAAAGGAGUAAUGCUGUAAAAAAUAAAACAAAACCUGGCCUUUGA